UAUAGGGAAGUUCUUUCUUCCGGAUUAGCGGCUUUCACACCAUUGCAGUAAACCGCAACACAAACACUUUAGUCCUUUCACAAGAAACUGAGCUGUCAUUGUCACCACCAUGUCAUCUGGAAACGCUAAGAUAGGCCAGCCGGCCCCACAGUUCAAAGCCACCGCUGUGGUGGACGGACAGUUCAAAGAUAUCCAGCUGUCUGACUACAUGGGGAAGUACGUGGUGUUCUUUUUCUACCCGCUGGACUUCACUUUCGUGUGCCCCACUGAGAUCGUGGCCUUCAGCGACCAGGCCGAGGAGUUCCGAAAGAUCGGCUGUGAGGUCAUAGGCGCCUCCACAGACUCUCACUUCAGCCACCUGGCCUGGAUAAACACCCCCAGGAAGCAGGGUGGUUUGGGACCAAUGAACAUCCCCCUUGUGGCUGACCUCACCCAGUCUAUCUCCAGAGACUACGGAGUGCUGAAGGAGGACCAGGGCAUCGCUUACAGGGGUCUGUUUGUGAUUGACGACAAGGGCAUCCUGAGGCAGAUCACCAUCAACGACCUGCCAGUGGGCCGCUCUGUGGACGAGACCCUGCGUCUGGUGCAGGCCUUCCAGCACACAGACAAAUACGGAGAGGUGUGUCCCGCUGGCUGGAAGCCAGGCAGUGACACCAUCGUCCCCGACAUCCAGAAGAGCAAGGAGUUCUUCUCCAAACAGUGACAACACAACAGAGCCUCAGGCUGUGUCCAAAAUGGCACCCUAUAUAGUGCAUAUGGACACCGGUCAAAAGUAGUGCACUUUACAGUGAAUGGGGUGCCAUUUCCGACCCACGCUCUGUCUCUCCUGAGAUGUCCUAGCACUUACCUUCAGAUGGGAAGUCCUAGCACUUACCUUCAGAUGGGAAGUCCUCCCUUCAGCAACAAUCUCUUGGUGUCCAACCCACACUUAUACAUAAGUUUUAAAGAACUUGUUAGACUCCCACUUCUAUCUGUAUGACAAAUAAGCUACUGGUGGAAACAGUUUAUUCUAGUCCCAUGCACUGAAAGUGUUUUUUUGUUUGUGCUCUUUUCUCAAGUGUUAAAAAAAAGAAGCAUUGAAUAUUUUGUACCUCACAAUUGUUAACUACUCAGUCGACUGUCACGGGACAUUAAUAACAACAAAUGGGGAAAAUAAUGAUUUACAUGUUGGCGGUGUUUUGUCUGAAAAAUAAAACUACGUGGAGGUUG